AUGUCCUCCUUGAGCCCCCUCCCCAUCGUGAUCUGCGCUUUAGACGACCAAAUCGGCAAGCCCGUAUCCGAGCUUCUUCUUCCCGAUAUUGAAGUCAUUCACUUCAUCCAAAGCUUCGAAGCUGCCCAGCAAGAAAUCCCCCAUCUUCUGGCAGGCAAGGAUCCCAAGUCCUCAACUGUCAACAAUGUCGGUUCUCACAAUUACCGCCCAGUACGGGCCGUGAUUUUUGGCCGAGGAUUCGACAUGGAGGAUAUUGCGGUGCUCCGUGAGAAACUCGCUGGUAUUGCUCCUGAGCCGGUCAUCUGGAUUGCUGGUGAUCCGAGCCGCAAGCCGCCGCCUGGUGCCCAGCCUCCUCCCAACUAUCCUCAGAUCGUGGCUGGGGUUGCUUCUGAUAUCUUGAAAACUUGGAUUUGGGAGGGUGGUUCGAAAGACGAGGUUGUUCUGUAUUAG